AUGUCUCUUCUGGAGCACUGCUCCCAGCCCCAACGUUUGAAAUACGCGGUACGGGCUUCCUCCUCUCAUCCCCUCUCCCCUCGUCCUGAGUGGCUCCUCCCCGACGCGUGUGCCAUCCUCGCCACAGCGCAGCAAAUGGCCCCGCCUGGGGGCACGUUGAUUGUCGACGGGGCUGAGCCAACGCCGGAUUGCCUUGAAUACGAAAUGUACCCUGGCCGAGCCCGUCCUCAACAUAGCGGCAGGCAAGGGGCUUGGUUGGCUCCGGCUUUCCAUCGUGAGCGAGGCGCACGUGGCAAUCUUUCAUAUCGAGCUGGGAUCUGA